GGCCGAGCGCUCCCCCUCCCCUCUCUCACUCUCCUCUCCCUCCAUAUGUGCGAGGAAGAUGGUUGCAAGCGGCGUGGGCCUGUUUUUACUGUCGCACAUCCUGCCGUGAUCCCACCGGGAGGAAGAGGAGGAGAAGAAUCCCUCCAUUCAGAUCCUGUAGUGGGAGGAAGAGACCUGGAAUCAGCCAGAGCGGAGAGGUGAAUCUCCUUCAUCCAUCUGUUUACAUCCUUUAAAAGCUGUCUCCAGCAUGCAGCAUCACUCGUCCGAGGUCGCCCGUCUGUAUCAGACCGAGUUCAUCCGGAGUGCGCGGGCGGUGGGCGUGCUGUGGGCCGUCUGCACGCUCUGCUUUGCCGUGAUCGAGGUGGUCAUUCUCAUCCAGCCAUCGUGGGUGGGGACACGAGAGCUGCACUACCGAGGAGGGGGUCCGGCUCCUCCGACCGGGACGCUGGGCCUCUUUGAGGUCUGCAUGGAGACAGAUUGGCCCGUCCCAGAAUGCCGGGGGUCUCUUCACACCCUGACCCCGUUCCCUGCCUUCCAGUCUCCCGCUGUGCUGGUGUGCAUGUCUCUCACCAUGGUGUGGGCCAGCGUGGGCUGCCUGUGUCUGUUCAGAUUCUGCAACGCAGCGACCGUGUAUAAGAUCUGUGCUUGGCUGCAGCUCACAGCAGGCUUCUGUUUGGCCCUGGCGUGUGUGUUGUUCCCAGACUCUUGGGCGUGUGCUGAGAUGCGGGCGUUGUGCGGGGAGCGUGUGAGUAGUUUCUCCCCGGGAAACUGCUCUGUGCACUGGGCAUACAUACUGGCCAUGCUGGGGGUGCUGGAUGCCGGCAUACUGGCCACGCUGGCUUUUGUUUUGGGGAAUCGCCAAGAUGCCCUGCUGCCAGAUGAUGCCAAGGAUGGUGAUGUGACUGGCUUACUACUGGCAGCAUAAAACAGGCCUGAGUUGUUCCCGUCAGAAACUGCUGUGACUGUUUCAUCACGUCGUUUGUGAACUUCUCUGUCGAAAAAUAAUGAUGACAGGAAACGCGUGAAGAGACGCUUCUCUCUUCCCCCUCGGCAUGAUGUCAUCAUCCUGUGAAUUCUGCUUACAUAACCUGUCUGCAUAGAAACAGUCACCUGGCAACAGUAUCCGAGUCAGUUCUCCCCCUAAGGAGAAGCAGUACUCUGAUCUUGUAAUGGUGGCACUAAAUAGAGGAAAGGCUGUUUUCUUUAGUGCAUUUCCAAGGUACAGUCGAGGUCUCUGUGACCUGUUGCGAUGCACAAACAGAUCACAUGAAUGUGGUUUUCAAUUCAAUUAUUAUAUUUAGAGGAUUAACUGUGAUGUUUGAUUCCAUGUUUUUUGUGCAUUUGAUCAUCUUUAAGAUAAAAGUAGCAAAUAAUUGUUCGUAUUUAUAGUUUGCAUGAAAUCAAGAUUUGCCUUUUUGUUUUCUUAUCCAAUAUCUAAAUGAGUUUGUUUCUUCACCAGAACAAAUUUGGAGAAAUUUAGCAUUAUACUUGCUCACCAAUGCGUCCACUGCAGUGAAUGGGUGCCGUUAGAAUGAGAGCCCAAACAGCUGAUAAAAACAUCAUCAUAAUUCAUGUGUUUGUAAGAAAAAAAUCCAUCAAGAGAUUUUAACAUCAAACCAUUGCCAUAAUAUGAGUCCUCUUUCCACAAUACUGCUUUUUACAGUGAAAAAGCCAUCUCAUCUGAAUCAAGAGAGAAAUAUGCACAGAUUAAGCACUUUUUACAAAUUUCGUGCACAUUUUAUUUUUUGGGUGAACUUUUCCUUUAAGAUCUGCCACUUUUCUUGUCUGAUAGCAGUUUUACAUAGAAACACAUCACAAUAUGGUAGCAAAGUUGAUUGCAGUUGCUUCAAGACGACUUUAAAACUGCGUGCCACUGUUGUGUUCGUAAUUGUCUUCAAGCACUGUUAAAAUAUAAAAAAAGUCAUUGUCUUAGUUGUGCUUCCUUUUCAGAUAUAAGGUUAAUAGGCUAUGAUUUUAUCAAGCCAUUGCAUUAAAUGUUAAAUGUGAUGUCAUUUCUAAUCCACUUUCACUGUAAAAAUAGUUAUUGUUAAUAAAAUAAAGCUAAAAUGAAACAUUAGAUGAAAAAUGUAAAAAAAAAAUAAAAAAUUAAAUAUGUUGCCAGUUUUUUGUUUAUUCAUUUAUUUUAACUUUAAAAAUUAAAUUAAAUUAAAUCACCAGUGGAUCCACUGCAGUGAAUGGGUGCCGUCAGAAUGAGAGUCCAAACAGCUGAUAAAAACAUUAUAAUAAUUCACAAUAUGAUUCCAGUCAAUCGGUUAACAUCUUGGGAAGCAAAAAGAUGUGUGUCUUAAAAACAAAUCCAUUAUUAAGACAUUUUAACAUCAAUCCAUUGCAAAAAUAUGUGUCCUGUUUCCACAAUACUGCUUUCUGCAGUCUCAUCUGAAGCAGGAGAGAAAUAUGCACAAAUUAAGCACCGUUUACAAGUGGAAACAGUCCAAAACUGUUUUAAAACAAUAUUUCGGUGGAUUUUGAUGUAAGAAAACAACAGGGGAUGGACUGUUUUUUACUGGAGGAAGCGUUAUAAUGGAUUAUGGACGUAGUUAAAUUUAUUUAUUUUCUUUUGCAAACGUAGCUUUUCACAUCAGACAUUAAUUUAUGGACUGAAGUGGUGCGGGUUACUUGUGGAUUAUUGUGACGUUUUUAUCAUUUGUUUGGACUCUCAUUCUGACGGCACCCAUUCACUACAGAGGAUCCGCUACAGUGGUGAGCAAGUGAUGUAAUGCUAAAUUUCUCCAAAUCUGUUCUGUUGAAGUAACAAACUCAUCUAUAUCUUGAAUGCAAAUUUCAUGCAAAUUUUCAUUUUUGUGUGAACUGUUCCUUUAAGAAAUCCUCUUUUCUUGUCUGAUAGCAGUUUCAUAUGGAAACGUCACAAUACACUAGCAAAGUCGAUUGCAAAUGCUUCAUGCCGACAUUAAAACUGCAUGCCACUGUUCGUAAAUGUUUUCAGCCACUGUUAAAAUAUAACAAGUCAUUGUCUUAGUUGUGCUUCCUUUCCUUUUCAGAUAUAAUGUUAAUAGGCUUUGAUUUUAUCAAGCUGGUGCAUUAAAUGUUGAAUGUGAUGAACUUCUAAUCCAUUUCCACUGUAAAAGCAAUGCAGAGUUCUAAACAAAAUGUCGUUCACAUACACUUUAUUAGCACUUACAGUGAUUUUUGUUGUUUGACAAAACUUGCAGUGCAGAGAUAUGUAUUUUUGUACAAGAUUUUAUGACUGCACAAAUAUCGAAAAGCAUUUAUAUACUCAGAGCCACGAUUUCCUUCACAAAUUCAUUAAUAGUCAGAUUACAAA